AUGGCCGCCAACAAGCAGGGCAAGAUGCAAAACCUUAUCAACUACCGGAUGAGGGUUACCUUGAACGACGGGCGACAGAUGACCGGCCAGAUGCUCGCAUUUGACAAGCAUAUGAACCUAGUCCUGGCCGAUACAGAAGAAUUCCGUCGCGUCAAGCGCAAAGCCAAGUCCGCCCCCGGAAACGCCCCUCUCGUCGAAGCGGAGGAAAAGCGAACCCUCGGCCUUACAAUCGUGCGCGGUACCCAUGUCGUUUCCUGCUCCGUCGAUGGACCUCCUCCCGCCGAUCCUUCAGCACGUCUUGGAACCGGUGGUCCGAACGUCCCAAGUGCUGCCGCCACCCUUGCUGCCGGCCCUGGAAUCAGCAAGCCCGCUGGACGUGGUCUGCCGGUUGGCCUUGGAGGCCCUGCUGCUGGCGUUGGAGGGCCGCCCCCACCAGGUGGCUUCCCCGGUUUCCCUCCUGGCGGUUUCCCCGGUGGCCCUCCUCCAGGCUUUGGUGGCCGGGGGGGUCCUGGAGCUGGACCUCCCGGCUUUGCCCCUCCUCCUGGAUUCGGUGCCCAGGGUGGCCCUCCUGGCGGCUUCCAACCUCCACCAGGCUUCCAGCCUCCUGGCGGUGGUCGGGGAUUCCCUCCCCCAGGCUUUGGGGGACGGUGA